UCUCUCUCUCUCUCUAAGAAGGUGUUAGCUAGCUAGCUAGCUAGGCUUCAGAGAAGAUCAAUAUUCUAAAGAAAGAAAGAAAGAAAGAGAAUAUUACAUAUGGCCUCCGGCGGUGGUGAUCUGAUGCCUUUCUUGGUGAAUGUUCUUCUGCAAGUGUGCUACGCAGGGAUGAACAUCAUAUCAAUGCUUGCCAUGCAAUCCGGCAUGCACCCGCUUGUCCUCGUCGCUUACCGGCAGAUCUUCGCGACCGUCGCAAUCGCUCCCUUUGCUUAUUUCAUGGAGUGGAGAACGAGACCCAGGAUAACACUACCUAUUUUGUUGGAGAUAUUAGUGUGUUCCCUUACAGGGGCAACAGGAAACCAGCUGGCAUACUUUGUUGGGUUAAAAAACUCAACCCCAACGAUUGGAUGCGCAUUAACUAAUACACUUCCAGCAUUCACUUUCAUCCUCGCUGUUAUUUUCAGGCAAGAAACUGUGGGGAUAAAGACGAAGGCAGGGCAAGCAAAGGUAAUGGGGACAAUUGUAUGUGUAGGAGGAGCCCUUUUACUGUCAUUCUACCAUGGCCACACAAUUGAUAUAAAGGAAUCCAGCAUUCAUUGGACGUAUGCAGAGAAUAUGGAAAAGAAAAGUUCCAUCUCUACCGACCAAGGGAACGCCAUCUUGGGCCCCGUUUUCCUCAUUUUUAGUUCUCUCUCUUGGGCACUAUGGUUCAUACUUCAAGCAAGAAUGAACGAGAGGUUUCCAGCUCCUUACACAAGCACCACAUUGAUGUGCUUCAUGGCCAGCAUUGAGUGUGGGAUCAUUGCCUUGAUUCCCAAACAUGACAUUUCCGCAUGGUCAUUGAGCGAUCCAAUAAGGCUUCUUGCAUCCCUCUACGCAGGAUGUGUUUGUUCAGCAAUAGCAUUUGUUCUCAUUUCCUGGGCUAUCCAGAUAAAAGGUCCUCUCUAUGUCUCAGUGUUCAGCCCCUUGUUGCUUGUGAUCGUGGCUAUUUCUAGUUGGGCCCUGCUGGGUGAGAAACUAUAUGUUGGAACUGCUCUAGGGUCUCUUCUAAUUGUGAUGGGGCUCUAUGCUGUUCUGUGGGGGAAGAACAAGGAGAUGAGACUGAGGAUUGCUUUUAAAAAUUCAGAAUCAAGAAAGGUAGAUGAUGACGGGAUGGUUGAGAAGGAGGACUUGGAAGUGCAGUUGAAUGCAAAAUCAAAUGCCAAUUAUCGCGUUGCAACUAUAGAUCAGGAGAAACAACAAGAGAAGUAAUCCAAUUCAAUCAAAUGUCAAAGUUUAAUAUAAGUUUCAAUAAAAAUCUUCCUUGCAGUCUCCAAACUGUCAAAGUUUUCACAAAUAGUACUAGUACUCAUGAUCCUCUACUGCAUCACCUGUAAGAAUUUAGAAAGAAUGAAUACAAAAGAGUUUGAAGGAUUUUUCCGUUAGGGGUGGAAAUGCACGAGGACAAGGAGAAUGAAAUUGUCAGAGAAAAAUUGUAUGAAUAACUUUUAAACCC